AGAAGAUGCGCGCGGUGCUGUUCUCGCCCCCUUCGCCACUCUGACCCUACAACAGUUCUGGACCACAAACUAUUAAGAGCCCUCUCAGGCUGAAUCUUCAUUGGUGUUCUUACCUUGCUCCACGGUUGGUCUGCUUUGAGAAUUAAACCACAUCUCUUGAGCCUCUCACAUCUCCCGUGUUCUGUUACAGACUGAACCACAAACCUAUUAAAUAUCUGCAUUUAAAUCACUUUUAGUGACUCUUGUAAGUUCUUCUAAUUCUUAAAAGCAUUAAAGACACUACCCAGAGGUAUAUAACAAAUAUGCACUGAGGAUAAAAAUACAGCUGGAUAAUAAACUAUGAAUUGCACAAGAAAUAAAGAUUUUUAAAAGCAGACUUCAGAUACAAAGAAUGGUAAGCCUACUUUUUGUUUUGGGGUUGAUGACAUCACAACAGGUAUAAGAUUCAAACUUGCUUGUUGGCACAGCACUGUGAGAGGAAAGUAAGUUGUGACAGAUUUCAUUCUGAAGCAGCUGAGUUGCGUUUGAGAAACAGAGUUACUCGGUAUAUGUUCCAGCCUUAAGCCAUUUUGCAGGGAUUCAGAGAGGUCUUAAAAACAUUUUUAAAAAAGGUUUUACAAACACCCACGAGGUUCUGAAUUACAGUUCAUUAGGUCUCUUUUGUUGUUGUUUUGUUUCCCUUACUUGUUUAAUUAUUUGUUUGUUUGACACAUUUGUACAUUACCCUUAACCUCUGACCAAAACACAAAGUUCAUGAUCCCAUGCAAUAAUGGAUCCUGUUGGAAGUCACGUAAAUCAAAAUACUUGAUUAUGUCGUCUCCCAGUACUGAAUUAAUAACAUUUCUUUGGAAAUAAAGGCUGAAGCUGAGUAACAUGUGUAAAAGAGCUUGCUUACAUUUUUAGCUCGGUUCCAUUUAAGCUGCGAGCUAGCUGCAUUAUUAGUGAAGAUACUUUUGAAAUUCACUUAAUCAUUAUAGUAUGGUUGGACAAUAAAUCAAUAACAAUAUGUAUCACGAUAAACAUGCGAUUAAUAUCAAUAGAUAUGUUUGAAAAAAUGUUUCGCCUACUUUUGAUCCAGAACCGCAAACCCUUCUGGGUGAUGUAGGCAGAGGUUUGCCAUGUUAGACCCCAUAGUUGACUCAACCUAUCAGGGCCAGUUGAUAGUUGGUGCAUCAACUAUCUCACUCACUAUUUAGUUACCUAGCAACAACCUGUUGACUAACUUGCGCAACUGUAGUUUAAGGUUUUGCCACCAUGCCUCAUAUGCUUAAUAAUAAUAAUAAAGACAACGACAACAAUAGCAAUAACGUGGAGUGAAAACGGGAUGAAACAGAAAAAAAAUCACGCCAUCAGUUUGGCAAUAUUUAAGACAAAACCAAAAUCAAUAACUAUUAAUAUGACUGAUAUGAAAUGCUUAUAUCAUAAUAUGGUUUUCAGCCACACCUUCCAGUCCUUUAAGAUGAUCUAUAAAAGUCUUAAAUUUAAACUCCUGAAACUUUCAGAGUGUGUGUUUUUAUCUUGUUAGAGGAAUUUGCAUGUAUGGAAACUCAGAGAUUAGAUUUGAUCUUGGUCUUAAAGGUUUACUACAAAAUGCCAAAACAAAUAGAAAAAAUGGCCAACAUGUUCAAUCAGGGAACAACUAAUUAGAAAGUUAAUUUAAUUGUUUUUAUUUUCAGAAAGGUCCGGCUAUCAGAUGUGAUGUCGGUUUGUUAGUUUCCCAGCUGAACUAAUACUGAUUAAAAAUAAGUGCCUUCAUUAAUUUGCAAAUAACCUUUAUGCAAAGUGUGCAAGCUAAUAAAAUGAUUGGUUUUCUAUUGUUGUGCUUUAUCCUUGGCCAACCAUUGUCCCUUUGAAUAAUUGGUAGCCAUAGAUUUUGCCUGUUUUAUUUAUUUUUUUCCUUGGUCAGCAGCUACUAGUUUUGUCCCCAAGAUCAAUUACCUUGGUAACAAAACCAGAGAGAGGGAGGCAGGGGGAAGAAGAGGGAAGAAGGAGGGAUAAAGAGACACGAGCGGACAGUGAGAGAGAGAGAGAGCGCUUUGUGCCCACAAUGGCGACUGUAGGUAUGCUAAAUACCUCUGGUUCCUUAUCCGGGAACUACCUCUUCCUCUGCUAUUGGGCCACUGGGUCACGUGGUUAAAGUAACUUUACAGGGCUGCUCGCAAGUAGGAGGGCUUUAUGGAGCAGAAAAACGACAAAGCUAGAAAAAUUAUUUUCCACUCCAGAAAUUAAUGAUCAUGAGCUCGUAUUUGAUGGAGUCUAACUACAUUGAUCCGAAAUUUCCUCCAUGCGAGGAAUAUUCGCAAAACAACUACAUCCCCGAGCACAGUCCAGAAUAUUACAGCCGCGCAAGGGACACUGGCUACCAGCAUCACCACCAGGAGUUAUACCCUCCUCCGCGGGCGAGCUACCAAGAGCGCCAGUAUAACUGUGCAAGCAUCCCCGAGCCCGACACGCCGCGGGGACACGGAAUACCCCACUCCGCACACCUGCUGACGGGAAAGGGCCAGCCUGCGUCAUGUGAGACCCCACAGUUGUCCAUGUCCCCCGCCACCCCGCCGGCCGCAGCCUCCGCCUGCAACCAAGCCACCCCGGAGCAUCCCAACAGCACAGUCUCCUCCAAACAGCCCGUGGUGUACCCGUGGAUGAAGAAAAUUCACGUCAGCACUGUGAACUCUGGUUACAAUGGGACGGAGCCAAAACGAUCUAGAACAGCUUACACCCGGCAGCAGGUCUUGGAAUUGGAGAAGGAAUUCCACUAUAACCGGUAUUUAACCCGACGGAGGCGCAUUGAGAUCGCGCACACCCUGGUGCUCUCCGAGCGGCAGAUUAAAAUCUGGUUUCAGAACCGCAGGAUGAAAUGGAAAAAGGAUCACAGGCUGCCGAACACCAAAGUGAGAUCCUCCUCCUCUUCCUCGUCCUCCUCCUCCGGGUCCAACACAGGCUCUGCGGCCGGCGGAGUCGCCGCUGUCUCGGCCACCAACACUGGGGCCCCCGACGAACUCACAGGAGCGCAGCAUGGCGAGGAUAUUACCAGAUUCCUAGAUAAGGAGAAGCCGGACUUCGUGCAGAAAAUGUCUGAAGAAAUAUCUCAAAAGCUUCUUUGGGCACCCCAAGUUCCCAGCAGGAUUAGUUUCCAACUCCAGAGCUCUGCUAUUGGAGGACUGGCACACGUGACCAAGGUACCCCCCUCUGUUCCAGGUUGAACCCACAUGAACUCUCCGAGUGCCCUCUGGAGCCUGUGGUUUCCAGCCAUGCCAAAGACACGCUGGACCCGAAUA